AUGCUGUUCACUCGCAUUGUCUCCUUCUUUGUCGUCUCUGUGACCUUUGGCACGAUGGCACUCGCCAUACCGAGCCCUGUUACCGCUGAGGUUGCGAAGCGUGACAAUGCACAGAUUGAGCAGGUCUUUACGACUCUCAAGUCAUCGACGGACUCUAUCCUCCCCCAGAUUCAGAGUAUUGCAUCAAGUGGAAAUGCGACUGACGAUAACGUCACUCCGCUUGUCAACCAGCUCGUGGCUGCACUGGACACUGCUACCAGCUCCCUCUCUGGACUCUCACCUUCUUCACGAGCAUUGAUAAAGCGCCAAAGCGAGGAUGAUAUUGCAAGCCUCGUUGCCGGCAUCGUUUCCGACAUCGCCAAUGGUAUAAGUGGCUUGCAAAGUGCGGCCUCUAUCACAGAUCUCGACACUCUCCUCGGUGGCAUCGACUCUUCUCUCAACCAGGUUCUUCUUGGCCUCGAGAUUCUUCUUGCUGGUGUCCUCCAUCUCGUUGCUAACCUCCUUGUCGAUGUUGCUGGUCUACUCAACCAGCUUGCUUUCGGGCUCACACUCGGCACGCUUGGACUGGCGUAA